UGUGCAGUGAAGGCAGCAGGGUCACUCGUGCGGGCCGGGGCAAUGACGCUAACCCUAAACCCUGGCCAAUAAGAGCCUUUAAGCCACCCUCCUUUCGGGGCUUUGAUUAAUAAUGGGAGUGAAUCAGGGAAUAACAAUAGGCCUACCCACAUUAAAAUAGCCAACUUGUCAACAAUGCUACAAUGUGCGGAAUAAGGAUGUAGCCAGCACCAAUUCAAGCCUGGGAUGUGGGAUGACAUUUCAUAUGAACAAAAUGAUGAAAAAUUGGGGAGUUAUUGGUGGAAUAGCGGCUGCCAUGGCUGCUGGAGUAUAUGUCCUGUGGGGUCCAAUUACAAACCGCAAGAAAAGGCAGAAAGGCAUGGUUCCAGGCCUGCUGAACCUGGGAAACACCUGCUUCAUGAACUCUCUGCUCCAGGGCCUGGCAGCCUGCCCUUCCUUCAUCAAAUGGCUGGAGGAGUUUACUAGCCGCAAAUGUGUGUCAGAGGAUGAGCCAGAGAAGGACCCCAAGCUUUCUAGAACUCUCCUGCAGCUUCUCAAAGCACUGUCAAACGACGACUCUGGGCAGGAGGAUGUUCUGGAUGCAGGGUGUCUGGUGGAGGUCCUCAGACUCUACAGGUGGCACAUCACUUCCUUUGAGGAGCAGGAUGCCCAUGAGUUCUUCCAUGUCCUCACCUCCUCUCUGGAGGAGGAGCUAGACCGACAGCCCAAAGUCACCCACCUCUUUGACAUUCAGUCCCUUGAGAGCCUCCCAGAUAAAGACGAGUUGACCUUGAGCUGCAGGAGUCGAGGCCCUCUUCAUCCUAUACGAAGUCCUUGGAAGUUUCCACAUCCUUUCCACGGCUGCCUAACAAGCAACAUGGCAUGCAAGCGUUGCGAACAACGGAGUCCAGUGCGCUAUGACUCUUUCGACAGCCUCUCCUUAUCCAUCCCUUCGACGCAAUGGGGCCGGCCUGUCUCUCUGGAUCACUGUCUCCAGCAUUUGAUCUCUUCAGAGACCAUUAAAGAGGUGGAGUGUGAAAACUGCACCAAGCUUCAACAAGGAGCCUUAGUGAAUGGGCAGGUCCUGGAAAGCCAGAGGACAACCUUCAUCAAACAGCUUAAACUGGGAAAGCUCCCCCAGUGUCUCUGUAUCCACCUGCAGAGACUGACAUGGUCCAAUGAGGGCACUCCCAUAAAGAGACAGGAACAUGUCCAUAUCUCAGAGUACCUGGCUAUGGACCACUACAAACACUGCGCCACCAUUCAGAGGCUCCAACGCAUCAACUGUACUCUGAAAACCAUUAAAGCAGAGGACUGGGGAGAGGCUGUGGAUAAGACCACUCCCAAUGCCAAAGAUGUAGAACACCAUUACAACAACAAGCCUCUGUCCAAUGGAACCUGUUUGUCUGUCUUUCUCCACUCUCCUGGACUCAGCCCACAGCGCAACCUCCCAUAUAACUACAGCUCCUCAGAGUACCUCUUCCAACUGAUGGCUGUGUUGGUUCACCAUGGUGACAUGCACUCAGGACACUUUGUCACAUACCGCCGUUGCCCACCCUCGUCCAGCAGCCCCUCUCCAUUCAGCUCCCAGUGGCUGUGGGUGUCAGACGACUCAGUACGCAAGGCCAGCCUGCAGGAGGCGCUCUCCUCCAACGCCUACCUGCUCUUCUAUGAGAGGGUUAGAUGUCUACGGUCGGAGGAGUAGAGCCCCAGAGCAGAGCCAGCUCUACCCACCCAUACCACCACUACCAUGUGUGCCACAGAAAACACUUUCCCCUCAGAAGUGUAGUUCUCCAGCCCUAUGUCUACCUGUAGGAUUGUGCUUUAACAGUACUGAAGAUUAUGCUGCUCUACUUUUAUCUCCUCUCAUAUUAAAAUCAUGAAUGUCUCUCGUCUUUUACAGAGACUUAGGAGCCUUUUAGAUGCCAGAGAUUGCCGACCUACAUCUCAGAAUAACUGCUAGUUGUCCUUUCUCUUUUCUCAAAAUAUUUGAGUUACUUCAACCAAGACAUUUAAGGCUUUGUUUCAAUUAAUAUUGUAUAUAAGCUGCUGUAUCUUUUAUUUUUGUAACUUUAGAUCAGAAAUGAUUCAGUACACUGUCAUAACGUGCAGGUGGUUUGGAUAGUAGUCUAGCUGCACAUUUGAGGACCAGGUACCAUUGUGUAGAAUCAUUUCUGCAGUUGUUGCAUAAGAACUCAAACUAAUGUGUAUAUUGUCAUUUUUGUUCCUAAAUGAUAAUAUUGAAGCAACAUGUAGUUUUACAACUGUUUUAUAGAGCAGUGGAAUUGGAAUUGAUAGAAAUCUUAACUAAUUUACCCCAAAUGGUCCAAAUAUUGUCUGAUUUGCUAUUGAUUCAAGUUGUGGUUGCAAAGUGUGUAUGACUACAAAAUCGAAAAUACUUUAUUGCUCAACAUGCGUACCACUUGUUAUAAAUACUGCCAUUUACUCACUCUCCUCCCAGCAUUACAUUAGGAUGCAACCUCUAAAUAACCCUCUAUACCCGUUUGCUGAUCAAUUUGCACUAAUGUAUGUGUGUGAUCUGUCAAGAAGUUGAUUGUUUUCAUAGAUUUCAAUUAUAUAAAAAUACAAAUCUAUAAGUAAAGAGUUACCACAUGACUGAUUUGUAUGAAUUGGACCUUGAACAAAGAUGCAUUCAGAAACGAGUUUAAUUAAUAUUGCAGUGAUCCCAACCCCUGAUGUGGGUGUAGUGAUUAAGACAGUACGUCCCAACUGACCUUGUCUGACCCUCAUUUCUUGGAGGAUGAGUCUGAAGGUGAGGUUCAUGCGGGAUGUGAGGAGCCUCUUGCGGGGUGGCAGGCUGUGGUACUGGUGGGUGAGUUCAUAAGAAGCAGGCUUCCAUGGGCCAGUUCCAGCUUCACCGAGUUGAUCUGCCGUCUGUGUUUUCCCCGUGGCUCUCUGGCUGCGUCUAGAUAGGCAGACAAAUUCUUAUUUCUUUCCCCACUAAUUGAUGUUUUGACCAAUCACAUAAGAGCUCUUAACAUCUGAUCUUUUUCAGAUCUGAUCUGAUUGGUCAAAAGGCCAAUUAGUGAAAAAAAUAUCAGAAUUGGGCUGCUUGUGCAGCUUCUGUGUCUGAAGACAAAGUCCCGGGCCGCCCCGAGGGAUAUGGAGGCAGAGGGGCUCCUGUUCGCUCAUCACGGUGCUCACCCAUGUGAUCUUGUCCAUCUCUGUACCUGAGAAAACCAGGAGAAGCUUGCCUUCAAUGGAAUCACACUCUCACAGUCCUGUACAUGGAAUCACACUCUCACAGUCCUGUACAUGGAAUCACACUCUCACAGUCCUGUACAUGAAAUCACUCACACACAGUCCUGUACAUGGAAUCUCACACACACUGUCAUGUAGAGGUAAAAUCUUCUACAGCAGUGUAGACAGACUCACCUGUUGAUCAGGACGAAUGCAUGUGUCCAAAAUCAUGGGCAUUAAUAUGGAGUUGGUCC